CACUAAGAUUGAGAAGGAGAAGAAAGAGCAUGCGCGGCAGCACGGCAUGAUCCGCACUGAGAUCAGCGGGGCGGAGAUCGCAGAGGAGAUGGAGAAGGAGAGGAGGUUCUUCCAGCUGCAGAUGUGUGAGGUGGGUAAGGAAAGUGAUAGAGCUCAGGCCUGGGUUGCCAGGUUGGGUCAAGUCCAGAGCUGGAGUGGAGGGUUUGCUGACAUUGUGAAAUUCUGUCUCGCAGUAUCUUCUCAAAGUGAACGAGAUCAAGAUCAAGAAAGGGGUGGACCUACUCCAGAAUCUCAUCAAAUAUUUCCACGCACAGUGCAAGUAAGUCCUGCAGUCAGUGAAAGUGUGCAUUUGACCAAGUGCUCACCUCGUGGGGAAAACAGCUGAUGUAGAUUUGUCACUCUCUCUUUAGUUUCUUUCAGGAUGGGCUGAAAGCAGUAGACAACCUCAAACCAUCCAUAGAGAAACUAGCCACAGACUUACACACGGUGAGUUCCUCAAGACUACUGUUGACAUCUUCAUGGGGGUAUGUAAGGACUUGCCUUUCCAUUAUCAAGUAUGCUGAAUUCAUCAAACGUAUUCUGUGUGACUCUGUAACCUUUGUAUGACCCCUGUGGCCUUUGUAUGACCUGUGUAUGACCUUUCUGUGAGCUCUCCAGAUAAAGCAGGCCCAGGACGAGGAGAGGAAGCAGCUCACUCAGCUACGGGACGUCCUCAAGUCAGCGCUGCAGGUGGAGCAGAAGGAGGUAACACCCAUAGACUUCGACCACUCUAGUGCCCCAAAGUAUGUUUUAGCAUGGGCAGCGCCAUUGUGGACUUUCAUCAUUAGGAGAUUCUCAUUGGGGCAAAAGUCCGUCCUCUCCUCGACUCCUCCGUCCUCUCUCCUCCGUGACUCAGAAACCGAUAAGUGGCCGAGGAGAGUGUCAAUUUUGUUUGUAGACGAAUGAAGGAGUCUGCUACCCUCAAUCGAUUUAACUACUUUGGCAGCAAGCGCUGAAGUUUUUUAAUACCUGCCACACCCCUUUGGAUCAGCUGUUGUUUUCUGGAAGGGGAAAAGCAUGCAAACAUUUAAAAACCAUAUGCUACUUAUUAUUUUAUCUAUUCAAUUCGUUUUUACUUUACACAUUUAAUUUGGGAUUCCACCCCUGUAAACGUCAUUGGAGAGUCAUUUCAUACAAGCACAUUUUCGUCCAUGUUCCCCCUCCUCGCCGUCUCUCUGCAAUUACCUUUGACCUUUUUUAAAAGGAAGCGAGAGAGGAGGUAGGAGAAAGGACACAGGAGUUGAGCAAAACCAAAUGAGAUCCUCCCAUUUUUAAGUAGUCAACUGGGUGGGACUUCUUAUGGGUUAAGGAAGAAUCACAUAAUUCCAUCCAGAUCUCACACACACACACACACACACACACACACACACUCACACUCAUUCAUGCAUACUGCUGUAUACAACACACACACACGACAACCCUCAAACUCUAUAGGCCUAGUCUUUUCACUGUCAAAAGCCCAAGUUAGACAUCCAAUAAUAUAGCCGUCUGUAUCUCAUCUAAUCCGCCUAAUUCAUAUCCUAUAAGUGAUGCACUUACAUGUUCAAAAUCCCGAUGUACAUAACCAAAGCCCUCUUCACUCCCUGUCAACUUUAGCAAGCUCAUUGAGAGCACGCAUUAAUGGUCUACGGUUAAGCACUCUUAUGUGCUUAAUACUCUCAUUUACCAGAUGCUUUUAUCCAAAGCGACUUACAGUUAACACAUGUACUUAUGUCCUUUCAGCCUUCAGCUACUAUGUGGAGAACUAGUGUACAGUUUUUUCUACUGCAGCACUAUCUUACCUGUCUGUUCUCCUCUUUACUUUACUGCCUCUUUGUGAACCAAGUCUAGGAGAGUAAGUGUAUCCUCAGUGCCCCCUUAAUGUGCUUGUCGAUCUGUGGUUGUGGUGUUUUGUCAAGGAUAGUGAGAAGUUUGUCUGAAGCAUUUUCAAUAGAGAGCAUUAGUGGCGGCCUCUAAAAGUGAUUUAGUGGGGGGAUUUCUGGGUUGUAUUCAUUAGGCACCAAAUGGAAGAAAGCACUCCGAACAGAGUGAAGCGCAGUGGUACUAUCUGUACUUCUGAAAUACUUGUUUUUCGUUUAAAUUGUGCUACAUUGUGACUUAAUGAAUACAACCCUGUCUUUUUUUCCUGUUGACAAUGGUAACACUAGAUACUAGAACCCUGAAGACUUUUCUUUAGAAUAUCUUCCAAAGGUCUUUGCUUUGGCCCCUCCCCCUCUCGGUUUCCCCUAUACCACUUCCUCUGAGGAGAUGACCUCACUAGUGCAUGACCCCAAGGCUUUGCUUGUCCUAUAUACAUAUUGUGGCAGCAUCUCAAUAGUCUAAAGAGGCUCCCCUUCCUUGCCAUCUCUACUUCAUCUGCACUAAAGCAAAUCCCCAGCCAGCAUCCCGAUCUGCCAUAUUGCUCUCCUAUCCUAAAUUUUAGCCUGGAUUUUUCAGAUCAGUGUUGACAAAUGAAAAGAUACAAGGAGAGGAAGCCACUUUAGACAAUUGAGAUGCACCCCACCCACACUCACUGCAGUGUCUUGUGCCUUUGCCUACAUAGAUCCUUAUGUUUGUUUGUGUGUGUGCUGGUAUUGUUGAAGGAUUCCCAGGUGCGACAGAGCGCUACCUACAGUUUGCACCAGCCACAGGGCAACAAGGAGCACGGUACUGAGCGCUGUGGGAACCUCUACAAGAAGAGUGACGGGUCAGUUUCUCUCUUCCGUUAAACUUGCAUCAUCUUCAACAAACAUUCAAAGAACCAAAUGAAAGGCCAGACAAAACAAACUCACAAAGUUCACUCAUUGUGAUGGCAUUUAUCCAUAGUUAAAGACAUUCUCUGGAACUUUGGCGACUACUAAGUAAUUUUUCAACCUUCUGCUUUGGGCUGGAUGUGUCAUAGUGUAGUUCAUACAGUGAGGGAAAAAAGUAUUUGAUCCCCUGCUGAUUUUGUACGUUUGCCCACUGACAAAGAAAUGAUCAUAAUUUUAAUGGUAGGUUUAUUUGAACAGUGAGAGACAGAAUAACAACAAAAAAAUCCAGAAAAACGCAUGUCAAAAAUGUUAGAAAUUGAUUUGCAUUUUAAUGAGGGAAAUAAGUAUUUCUGGAAGCUGUGCAGCGCCAUUUUCCCUACAUUUUCCCCCACGUGGGCCAGUCCCCUAGCAAUUCGAGUUCUAGCCAAUGAGCUUCAGCCCCUUGCCAUUUGAGUGACAGUUAUCAAGAUGCACAUACAGCAGAGCGAGAGAGAGGGGCAAUGACGUGGUGCACAUAUCUGCACAUACGUGUCGUAGUACGCAAUUUUCGGGGACCACUUUUGGCUCGUGAGCGCUACUUUCAUAACUACUGGCUAAAAAGUAAACAAAAGUACCAGAUAAUCUCUUUAAUGUUCUUUUUAUGGCUGAGUGUCAUAGACAUGAAUACACUGCCCAAACUGUACAUCAUUACUUAUGCAUGCACAUAUUAAUGAGCCAUCACACUGGUGUGGUUGAUGUUAAUAAUUCAUUAUCCAUGUCUGUUCAGUUACAAUGUGGAUUAAUGUAGAGUUUAGUGUGUCACACUGGCGCUGGGGUGUUAUGUCUAAGUGUGUGUGUCACGAUGUCGUGUGUCACCCCCCCCCAGGCUAAGGAAAGUGUGGCAGAAGAGAAAGUGUUCAGUGAAGAACGGAUACCUCACCAUAUCACAUGGGACGGUGAGUACACACAUACACACACACACACACACACACACACACACACACACACACACACACACAUAUAUACACGCACACAGAGGGCAAGAUGACCUACUCCUAGCCAGUUAGCAUUAAUCUACAGUAAGGCUAGUGGCUCUAGCCUGUUAGCUUACACUUCACCCACUUCACUUAAUGGAGAUGAAGCCAAUCACUAUCUCACUACUUCUGUCAAACCAGACUUUAUCACUGUUUAUCAAACUUCUCAGCCAUGUUUCUUUUAUCUCCAAGGACAAAAAAACUGUUCCUAUUGAUUUCAUUAACAAUCUGCAAAAAAAGUUAUACUGUUAACUGGAAAAGCAGAUUAAAUGUUUCAACCAUCCAUUGGCUUAGUUUACUGUGACCUGGCCUCCAGGGAGAGAUCCACCUGGGAACCAUUCCUAUCCUACAUUGCUCCCAGGCAACCCCAGACAAGAUCAAAUAUGGCAUGUGCGACCUAAUUAUCAGCUCUCUGCUAACUGGCAGCUUAUCCACUAGUUUUGUCUUGUCUGGUCCAGUCUUGUCCUGUCCUGUCUUAUCCAGUCUGGUCAUCUCUUGUUUUGUUUUGACUUCUCUUUAUUUUCUUUUUAUUCAUAUUUUUUUAUUUCUCUUUUUAUUUAUUAUUACCCUACUUUUCUGCUCUUUCUUACUUUUUGGUUGUAGUUUACCUUCUUCACUAUAAUAAACAGUUAUAUGUACAGUUGAAGUCGAAAGUUUACAUACACAUAGGUUGGAGUCAUUAAAACUUGUUUUUCAACCACUCCACAAAUGUCUUGGUAACAAACUAUAGUUUUGGCAAGUUGGUUAGGACAUCUACUUUGUGCAAGACACAAGUAAUUUUUCCAACAAUUGUUUACAGACAGAUUAUUACACUUAUAAUGCACUGUAUCACAAUUCCAGUGGGUCAGAAGUUUACAUACACUAAGAUGACUGUGCCUUUUAAACAGCUUGGAAAAUUCCAGAAAAUGAUGUCAUGGCUUCGAUAGGCUAAUUGACAUCAUUUGAGGCAAUUGGAGGUGUACCUGUGGAUGUAUUUCAAGGCCUACCUUCAAACUCAGUGCCUCUUUGCUUGACAUCAUGGGAAAAUCAAAAGAAAUCAGCCAAGACCUCAGAAAAGAAAUGGUAGACCUCCACAAGUCUGGUUCAUCCUUGGGAGCAAUUUCCAAACGCCUGAAGGUACCACGUUCAUCUGUACAAACAAUAGUAUGCAAGUAUAAACACCAUGGGACCACGCAGCCGUCAUACCACUCAGGAAGGAGACGCGUUCUGUCUCCUAGAGAUUAACGUACUUUGGUGCGAAAAGUGCAAAUCAAUCCCAGAACAACAGCAAAGGACCUUGUGAAGAUGCUGGAGGAAACGGGUACAAAAUAAUCUAUAUCCACAGUAAAACGAGUCCUAUAUCGACAUAACCUGAAAGGCCGCUCAGCAAGGAAGAAGCCACUGCUCCAAAACCGCCAUAAAAAGCCAGAACCACGGUUUGCAACUGCACAUGGGGACAAUGAUUGUACUUUUUGGAGAAAUGUCCUCUGGUCUGAUGAAGCAAAAAUAGAACUGUUUGGCCGUAAUGUCCAUCGUUAUGUUUGGAGGAAAAAGGGGGUAGCUUGCAAGCCGAAGAACACCAUCCCAACCGUGAAGCACGGGGGUGGCAGCAUCAUGCUGUGGGGGUGCUUUGCUGCAGGAGGGACUGGUGCACUUCACAAAAUAGAUGGCAUCAUGAGGAAGGAAAAUUAUGUGGAUAUAUUGAAGCAACAUCUCAAGACAUCAGUCAGGAAGUUAAAGCUUGGUCGCAAAUGGGUCUUCCAAAUGGACAAUGACCACGAGCAUACUUCCAAAGUUGUUGCAAAAUGCCUUAAGGACAACAAAGUCAAGAUGCUGGAGUGGCCAUCACAAAGCCCUCAUCUCAAUCCUAUAGAACAUUUGAGAGCAGAACUGAAAAAGUGUGUGCGAGCAAGGAGGCCUACAUACCUGACUCAGUUACACCAGAUCUGUCAGGAGGAAUGGGCCAAAAUUCACACAACUUAUUGUGGGAAGCUUGUGGAAGGCUACCCGAAAUGUUUGACCCAAGUUAAACAAUUUAAAGGCAAUGCUACCAAAUACUAAUUGAGUGUAUGUAAUCUUCUAACCCACUGGGAAUGUGAUGAAAUAAAUAAAAGCUGAAAUAAAUCAUUCUCUCUACUAUUAUUCUGACAUUUCACAUUCUUAAAAUAAAGUGGUGAUCCUAAUUGACCUAAGACAGGGAAUUUUUACUAGGAUUAAAUGUCAGGAAUUGUGAAACUGAGUUUAAAUGUAUUUGGCUAAGGUGUAUGUGAACUUCUGACUUCAACUGUACAGUCGUGGUCAAAAGUUUUGAGAAUGAUAAGUAUUGGUCUUCACAAAGUACGCUGCUUCAGUGUUUUGAGAUAUUUUUGUCAGAUGUUACUAUGGUAUACUGAAGUAUAAGUACAAGCAUUCCAUAAGUGUCAAAGGCUUUUAUUGACAAUUAAAUUAAGUUUAUGCAAAGAGUCAAUAUUUGCAGUGUUGACCCUUAUUUUUCAAGACCUCUGCAAUCCACCCUGGCAUGCUGUCAAUUAACUUCUGGGCCACAUCCUGACUGAUGGCAGCCCAUUCUUGCAUAAUCAAUGCUUGGAGUUUGUCAGAAUAUGUGGGUGUUUGUUUGUCCACCCGCCUCUUGAGGAUCGACCACAAGUUCUCAAUGGGAUUAAGGUCUGGGGAGUUUCCUGGCCAUGGACCCAACAUUUCGAUGUUUUGUUCCCCGAGCCACUUAGUUAUCACUUUUGCCUUAUGGCAAGGUGCUCCAUCAUGCUGGAAAAGGCAUUGGUCGUCACCAAACUGUUCUUGGAUGGUUGGGAGAAGUUGCUCUCGGAAGAUGUGUUGGUACCAUUCUUUAUUCAUGGCUGUGUUCUUAGGCAAAAAUGUGAGUGAGCCCACUCCCUUGGCUGAGAAGCAACCCCACACAUGAAUGGUCUCAGGAUGCUUUACUGUUGGCAUGACACAGGACUGAUGGUAGCGCUCACCUUGUCUUCUCUGGACAAGGUGUUUUCCCCAAACAAUCGGAAAGGGGAUUCAUAAGAGAAAAUGACUUUACCCCAGUCAUCAGCAGUCCAAUCCCUGUACCUUUUGCAGAAUAUCAGUCUGUCCCUGAUGUUUUUCCUGGAGAGAAGUGGCUUCUUUGCUGCCCUUCUUGACACCAGGCCAUCCUCCAAAAGUCUUCGCCUCAAUGUGCGUGCAGAUGCACGCACACCUGCCUGCUGCCAUUCCUGAGCAAGCUCUGCAAUGGUGGUGCCCCGAUCCUGUAGCAGAAUCAACUUUAGGAGACGGUCCUGGCGCUUGCUGGACUUCUUGGGCGCCCUGGCGCCUUCUUCACAACAAUUGAACCUCUCUCCUUGAAGUUCUUGAUGAUCCGAUAAAUGGUUGAUUUAGGUGCAAUCUUAUUAGCAGCAAUAUCCUUGCCUGUGAAGCCCUUUUUGUGCAAAGCAAUGAUGACGGCACGUGUUUCCUUGCAGGUUACCAUGGUUAACAGAAAAAUAAUAAUGAUUUCAAGCACCACCCUCCUUUUAAAGCUUCCAGUCUGUUAUUCUAACUCAAUCAGCAUGACAGAGUGAUCUCCAGCCUUGUCCUCGUCAACACUCUCACCUUUGUUAACGCGAGAAUCACUGACAUGAUGGCAGCUGGUCCUUUUGUGGCAGGGCUGAAAUGCAGUGGAAAUGUUUUUUGGGGAUUAAGUUCAUUUUCAUGGCAAAGAGGGACUUUGCAAUUCAUCUGAUCACUCUUCAUGACAUUCUGGAGUAUAUGCAAAUUGCCAUCAUCAAAACUGAGGCAGCAGACUUUGUGAAAAUUAGUAUUUGUGUCAUUCUCAAAACGUAUCACGACUGUACAUGGGGAGGGUUCAGAGGUGGUAGAGCUACGGGACAGGAGUGGGUAUCAAGAGGACACUAGAUUAUAUUUGGUGCCUGGUGUACUGUUUUUUGUGAUUUUAAUUUAAUUCAAUUUUUUAAAGUCCAAAAUAGAGCACUUUGGAUUCAUUUAGCUAAAAUGGUGGUGGUGUUAGUAUUAUUGUCAGUCACUCUUACACAUCAGAGUAUUAUAUACUUGGCUGCAUCCCAAAUGGCACCCAUAGGGCUCUAGUCAAAAGCCAUUUGGGAUGCAGCCCUUGUCAGGCUAGCUCACAGAGCUACUUUACGUGCACCGCUUUCCCGGGGUCUCACCAGCCUAUUGAUUUCCCACUCUGCUCUGCUCUCACUGUAGCAGGCUCUACUUCCCUCCAUUACACUAGAUGUAAUCUCUCUCUCUUCCUCUCUCCUUCUCUUGCUCACUUUAUCGCACCCUCACUCUAUCCCCCUCUCUGUCUUGCUCUCUCUCUCUCUCUCUCUCUCUCUCUCUCUCUCUCUCUCUCUCUCUCUCUCUCUCUCUCUCUUUGAAAAGGCACACACACAUACACAAACACACCACACUUUCUCCCCAUCUCUCUCCUUGCCCUUUCUCUCUAAUUAAAAAAAAGAAUAUACCUCACAUAUGCGCUCUCCCUCUCUCCCUGGCCAACCAGCUGUGUGUAGAGGUCGAAACAGGGAAAGCAAUCAGAGCUGGUUUUUAAGCACCCUGAGCUGAGCUCCAACCAUGGCCUGGUUUCAUCCUCCACUGCAGACCGAACAGCACAGUACAGAAGCUAAUCCUCCAUGGACAGGCCCAUUCUGACAGACCUUAACACCGGGGGGAAAUAUUACUUAUGAAAACUGCAUAUGAGAGCCUGGCUAUUAGUGUCAUGUUAUGUUGUAUUAACUAAGGGAGAAGGGAAGGUGAAUUUUGCAGUGGGUUAUUCUAUGCUGUGUUGAUUCUCAAGUAGCUCUGCAGUCCAGGACUGUAUAAAAUUGUUGUAAUGUACAUAAUGUUUUAUAGCAAGCAUAAUGUGUUUUCAUUGAUAGAUAAUGUUUUACAUAUAUUUUGAGUGCAUGUAGGCUAAAUGUAAUGCUUUCAUCCAGGUACAGUGCAUACCCCUUCUGGUGAAUAUGGUUAUUGUGAUCAACCACUUAAGGCGUCAGCAUGCUUCAGUUCGGCUGGUGCCUACCUGAACUCGGCUAGGUGAACCAAACGAGUGUGCUCGCAUAUUCCUUUAAAAGACCUUCGCUUGAAAAACGAGUAGUAGUACUGUUUGUCUAUUUUGAGACGCCGUAGCCAGUAUACACUUCCUCAAAAUAGUCAGAAUGAAUCUAAGAUAACUCAAGACAUCUGUCAUUAAUUUGCCGAGGAGAUCUUAGUUGCACAAUUUUACAUCUAACUAAGAUGUUUGGUGCAGUAUUUCUCAAUGAAAACAUGUGCAUGAAAACGAGUCCUCUCUCGUUGAAUGACAACAAAGACUAUUGAAUCCUUACUGUUGACCAAUCACCGACGAAGGGGCGUAGACUUCGGCUUGCCUCGAGCAAAAAUGUUGUGUGCCCGAACAGCCGCAAAAACCCUUACCGAAGUCCCAAACAAAAUGUCGUCAUAAUAUAUGCACAAACUUUUCCGAACUGUUUCUGGUGGGAAGCAUGCGGACGCCAUUAGUGAUCAAAUGUACAGAUGUGAUGACUAUAAGAGGAGGGUGCACUGUAUCUUUGUUCUGGUGGGAAGGGUGCAUUUUCGUUCAUGCUUUGUGUUCGCUGAUUCACAUGUUCUUCUUUCCUGUCCUCCCCCCUCUCUCUCGUUCAGGCGAACCGACCGCCGGCCAAACUCAACCUUCUCACCUGUCAGGUGAAACACAACCCAGAAGAGAAGAAGAGCUUUGACCUCAUUUCACGUAGGUUUACCCUGCCUUUUAUUCCUUCUCCUUCCCUUCCCUUCUCUUCUAUUCUCUUCUCUUCUCUUCUCUCUCUUCUGUCCUCUCCUGUCUAUUCUCGUCUCUCUCUUCUGUCCUCUGUGUCUCACAGAAGUACCUCUACAAAUGGACAUUGCUCCGUUCUCAGAGUGCCUGCACACUGCAGUUCCGAUUUGUGUAAAUCUGAUAAAGCAAAUUCCGUAAUUAAAUCAAGCCUGGCUUUUAGAUUCUGCAGAACAAGGAGGGAUGCUGUGUUGGGACAAAUGAUAGUUCUCAUUAUAGAGUAUAGAUAUCUACUGCAGACAAACUAGGGAGGAGAGGAGACUCACAGAAAAAGGAAAAGUGGUCGAUAUGGUCUAUGUCUCAAUAUAAGGGGAGAUCUGAGCUUUUCCGUGGAAUGAGGACAGCAGGAAAGGAGUUGGGAAUAGAUGAAUCGCUGUAAGAUUCAAAUUCAGGGAAGACUCAAUACUUUGUGCCUCCACACGAGCUGCUCCAAAUCUGUAGCCUAUUUAGAAUUUCAACCACGUUCAUUUGUUCCCCAUGUCCUCACAUAAUCACAUGUAACCAAGGGAGAUGGAGCUUUUUCCUCCAUUCACCCUCUUCUUUCUUUGUUCACCCUCUUCUUUCUUCAGUCAGGUUUUUGGGGAUGUGUGUUGAGUUUAGCUGAGCGGUGACUUUCAUAAACACUGGGCCAGAAAUAAGUGCUCAUGUCAGGCCGUCACCCUGCUGUCAAAGGACAAUAUUACUGCUGCAGGAUAUGAAAGGGCUUACUCAGGUGGAAACAAGGAGAGAUGCUGCUCUCCAGAGAGAGAAAGAGACUGAGGGAGAGAGAAAGAGACUGAGGGAGAGAGAAAGAGAGAGAAAGAGACAGGAGAAGAUGAGGGAGAGAGAAAGAGACUGAGGGAGAGAGAAAGAGAGAGGGAGAGAGAAAGAGACUGAGGGAGAGAGAAAGAGACUGAGGGAGAGAGAAAGAGACUGAGGGAGAGAGAAAGAGACUGAGGGAGAGAGAAAGAGACUGAGGGAGAGAGAAAGAGACUGAGGGAGAGAGAAAGAGACUGAGGGAGAGAGAAAGAGACUGAGGGAGAGAGAAAGAGACUGAGGGAGAGACUGAGAGACUGAGGGAGAGACUGAGAGACUGAGGGAGAGACUGAGAGACUGAGGGAGAGACUGAGAGACUGAGGGAGAGACUGAGAGACUGUCAGGGUCAGAACUCCCAGCUGUAAGGGGAUCUGAAGUAAAAUGUAAUCGAAUCGGACUGGAGGAGGAUAGAGUACAAUAGGAUUUUCACAAGGUUUUUAGUUUGUUGUACAGUACAACAGGAUGUUUGGUAGACUUUUACCUCUGUCUUGCAUAGAUACCACAUACAGUCAUUUAAAAUCUCAACCGUUGUCGCCUCAUCCUUUGUACUGUUGGGAUGCUGUUACACUUAUGUGGGACUUUUACUGUAUGUACUGUAGUUGGAAAUGUUUUUUUUGUUUCCUUUUCAGCCCGGGUACUCACACAGGUUUGUCAGCUGGGUGCUUUGAUGGGCUGAAUAGCUUUCCGCUCUUACAUUUUCUUGUCUUUGAUAAAUGUCUUGUUUCACUAUGUCUCUGACCCACCCACCCCUAUCACCCCCCUCUCUUUUAGAUGACAGAACGUAUCACUUUCAGGCCGAGGACGACCCAGAAUGUCAGAUGUAAGUGUGUGUUCCUUCCUUGUGUGAAGUGUGUGUGUGUGUGUUUGUGUACAGAACAUGUGAGAGUGUGUCCUGUUGAUCCCCCAUACGUCUUUCCACACACAACCCACACGUUUCCAUCUCGUUUGGGUUGUGUGUGUGGGGGGAAAGGUGUGUGUGUGUGUGUCCUGUUUGUUCCCAUACCACUUCUCACAGUUAACACAUCCAUUUUUCCACCCUCUAGUCUAACCCAAUGUUGACCCUGCCCUCACCCCAUCCUCACACACACACACUAACUUCCCCUCCCCCUGUGUGUGUGUGUUUUCAGAUGGAUCUCUGUGCUGCAGAACAGCAAGGAGGAAGCGCUGAAUAAUGCCUUUAAGGGGGACCAGCACGUUGGAGAGAACAACAUCGUCCAGGAACUGACCAAGGCCAUCCUGGGAGAGGUCAAGAGGAUGACCGGCAACGACAUCUGCUGUGACUGUGGAGCGCCCAGUGAGUGACCCGGCGUAACAUACAUGUUAAUACACAAACACUUGACACAACACACACACACAUCUUUUCAGUGCACAGUACUACCUGUGUAUAAUUCAUCUUACAGCCUUUAUGAAUACACAAAAUGCAUGAAGGAGCCAUGAACUGUUUUACUUUAUUGUGCUAGAGGUCACUUUUAUUAAGGAAUUGUACGGGUUAUUCACAGAAACGGUUACCAAUGUAUUAUGAGUGUAAUGAACAACUCCAUGUGGUCACUCUACACCGACAUUGUAGUGAAUGAGGAACGCCCAUGAGCCAGUUAUUUAGGUUUGACUGUCGCUCUGGUAACCUGUAUCAGAAAUAGCUCUCCCCUCUAAGCACAUGCAGGUAGUUCCUACCAAGGACACUGUACCUACUUACCUGUUAUCUCUCUCUCUCGCUUUCUCUUUGUCUGUCUCUCUCUCUCUCCAUCUUCUCCUUCUUUCUCUCUCCUCUCUUGCUCUCUGUCUCCUCUGUCGCUCUCUCUCUCGCUCUCGCUCGCUCUCUCAUCCUCUCCUCGCUCUCCAUCCUCUCUCUCUCUCUCUCUCUCUCUCUCUCUCUCUCGCCCCCUCCCUUCCUCCCAGAUCCUACCUGGCUCUCCACUAACCUGGGCAUCCUGACGUGUAUAGAGUGUUCUGGGAUCCACAGGGAGCUAGGAGUCCAUUACUCUAGGAUCCAGUCCCUCACACUGGAUGUCCUCAGCACCUCCGAACUCUUGGUAAGAAGCAAUUUUGUGCCAGUACGCUCACCACACAUCAGCUAGUUUCACAUUAUGGCGAUAAGGUGCUGUGACGCUGGGAGGUUAGGCGCAGUCGUGUUGGAAAGUUCAAAUCGUUUAUACACAGGUGGCUCGUAGAAAGUGGUACCAAAACACAUCCGCUUAGGUUAGUUAGCAAAACCUUGGAAAACAAUGGCUCUACCAGUGCAUUGCCAUGCUUGCUGUUAUAAUGGGAGAAUCUCAGUAGCAUGUCCUUGAUUCCUCGCGUCCUCUCUCCUCACCUCCUUCUCAAAACCCAUUGGACGAGAAGGUCAGAAGUCCCUUCUGUGAAAACCCUUUCACAGUGCAGCUGAUUAUUUACUGCUGGUGGGAGAGCACCAAGUAUACCAACGCCCUUGGACUAAUUCUACUGAACUCUCUACUGCGCUCCAUUGGGAUAGAUAGACAGUGCAGUAUUACAGAGGCUUGGAGCUGCUUCCACUUUGCAUAUUUCACAUUUCAUCUGGCUUUCUAAUAUCAAUUUGGUGCAAUUUAUUGCCCAUAAAUCAUUUGGGGCUGAACAUUGUUUGUCGAUAAUUCAAGAUGAUUGCACUCCUUAAGACGCCAGGGGUGUAAUCAUUAGCCAAACUGCUUGCAACUAAAACGAGAGUUUCUAUUGGACAAAUUCAGGUAGGUCCCUCCCCGCUUCAUUUCCGUUUGCUUAUGUUUCGGAAACGUUUUGCAACAGAAUCAACGGAAUACAUACGCCACAGUGUUUCACAUUAUUUGGCCACAAGGAGAUGGGUGGAACGCAUGCAGUGUUUCCCCUCGCACAUGCACACGCACGUGCACACACACACACACACACACACACACACACACACACACCAUUGAUUUAAGCAUUUGCUGAAGUAGCAGAGCAGAAGAACUGGAGCAUGAGAUUCAUGUAUACAGUAUAAACUGUACUGUAGAACCCUCAGAUAGGAGGCUCAUUUGCACUUUUAUGGACUGUCGCUCUGGUAAGCUCUUACCUGUUUGUGUGCAUGUGUGUUUUACCAUGAAGCUGGCCAAGAACGUGGGGAAUGCAGGCUUUAACGACAUCAUGGAGGCUUGUCUAUCUGCGGAAGAUGUGGUCAAACCCAACCCUGCCAGUGACAUGUAAGCUCUCUCUCUAUCUCUCUAUAUAUAUUUUUUAUUUGGCUCUUUCCUCCCACGCAUAGACUAUCCUCUCCUUCUUUCAUCAGUCUCUAUCCCUUUCUCGACCUUCUCAGAGUCCCAAUACAGUAGCCCCCUUACCCAGACCCCCCCAUAAGGCUCUGGUCAAAAUUAGAACACUAUGUAGGGAAUAGGGUGCCAUUUGAGAUGCAUCCUUAGAGUGGAUGGGCCCGUGACCUUACAGUGACCUAUUGGCAACAUGUCACCACAGAGACACUCAUACCCAUUCAUUAUGGAUGGAGCUAUAAGUAAGGCAUCACUAACUGAAAACAUUUUUAUUCAAUAAGCAUAAGAGAAUGCUAUGCAUUCUGUUGUUGUUUACACACAACUUGGUGUAUGUACAACUCAAGUAAAAUUGAGCACACAUAUAAGAAACCUAAUGCAUCCGUCUAGAUGAAUUGAAAGUUUUAGUUUGAACUCUCAGAUCAUUUAUGGCUGUAAGUAACAGAUACAUCAGAAACAUGUAUUUGCACACUUAGACUGCAUUUACACAGGCAGCCCAAUUCUGAUAUUUUUUCCAGUUAUUGGCAAAACAGCUGAUCUGAUUGGUUAGAAUUGGGCUGCCUGUGUAAAAACAGGAGUUAGCGUCGUCAGAAUUAAUGACUGUAAACAGCUGAACAGUGUUAGCAAAGCUGCACUGCAACUUCCUCAAAAACACUUCAAACUAAGUUUGGUAGCGUCGAUACUUGUGAAUAACCUGUCCAAUUUUGUUAUUUUUGCAAUAAAAUGUAAAUGUAUGAAUGCUUUGAUAGUUCCAUCAAGCCACCGCUGAGAAACGGAUGCGGCUGUGAGACUACAUGAGGAAAUGGUUCUAGUUUUGAGUGACACAAUUCCAGCAAUUAUUUCGGCAUUAUGCACGUUAAGAAAAAUCCCUGCAAACUCCACCAACUAUCGAAUUUAGUUUGAAGUGUUUUUGAGGAAGUUUCGGCUUGCAGUGCAGCUUUGCUAACAUCGGUUUGGCUGCUUACAGUCAUGAAUUUGGAAUUCUGUUGCCAGAAGUAAAUAAUGGAUUAUUGUGGAUUCUGUCACCAUGGGACUUCAGACACAACUCAAGGUAAGGCUAAUUCGACCCAAAUAUACAUUCUGGCUGAACUAUCCCUUUAUGUAUAUGGCCUUCCUCCCUCUGGCACAGGCAAGCCCGUAAGGACUUCAUCACAGCAAAGUACACAGAGAAGCGUUUCGCCAGGAGGAAGUGUCCAGACGGGGCGUCUAAGCUGCACACGCUAUGUGACGCGGUCAAGGCCAGGGACAUCUUCUCUCUGAUCCAGGUGUACGCGGAGGGAGUGGACCUGAUGGAGCCCAUCCCCCUGGCCAACGGACAUGUGAGUCUACAUGUCCCCACCAAUACCCCUGUCACACUAGCGUACUGACCAUACCGUGCUGGUACAGAUAUUUUUUCCACAUUGUCCUUUCCAGACCAUCACGGUACAGCUCGGAUUGGCUCUGCUUGGCUCAGUAGUGUGAAUUAACCCCAACUCUCAAUUGACUUCAUUUUAGCUUGGGUGGAGUGGUUUGAGAUUGGGAACAGGACUGGCCAUCAACAUUUUAUCUGUCCAGGUGCUCUCAACGGUCACAGCUGUAGUGGAAUUCAAAUGGCAGUAUUUGUGAAAAACAACUACUCCUGGCAGUGUAAAUGCUUUGUAUAAUAGAUAAAUCAUCACUACAAACACCUGGCUCACAUUCAGGGCUACUACUGCUUUUACUGCCUAUAGCAAAGCAGACUUCCAAAAGGGAGCAUAUCAAAGUCCCAGUGUUUCUCUGUGUCAGCCACUCCAUUUUUGCUCUGAUGUGUCUUUUUGUCCCUGAGGUCUCACCACGGCCAUUUUGGUUAUUCUGUGUGUGGUUGCAGGAACAAGGAGAGACGGCCCUUCACCUAGCGGUCAGACUAGUGGACAGGACCUCGCUCCAUAUCGUUGACUUCCUCACUCAAAACAGGUAAGGGAAAUAAAAAUAAACGUCAAUUAGCUUUUUGUAGAAACACUACCCGUCAUAAAUGUAAUGAGAAUGACUCAACAGAAGUCAUGAACAGUCAUAACAGCUUAUGACGACUGACUUAACACAGUCAUCACACAAACUACUCUUGUUUUUUUUUUACACAGUCCCACAGAAUGCAAAUUUAUUUUACAUUUGAAUAUUGUUCAGAACAAGUGCUGAAAUUAUGCUGAUGAGUGACCGUUGUCCUGUGUUUAUGGUUAUCCUUCCAACUCUCACUGACUGCCUUCCCCUGUCUCUUCUCCCCCACAGUGUGAACCUGGACAAGCAGACAGCCAAAGGCAGCACGGCCCUCCACUACUGCUGCCUGACUGACAACAUGGAGUGUUUAAAACUGCUGCUGCGGGGCAAGGCAUCCAUAGACAUUGGUAAGAGAACAUUACAUAUCUCUUCUACUGGGAAAGACUGGUUUCGAAACAGCAUGGAUACAGAAUACUAGUGUAGACUUUGUUUUGUUGAGCAAGAAACUGAUUUAGGUCGAACAAUAACCUGAUUUUAUGUUUUAAUUCAUAGCUACAGAAAUUAUAACUAAGAGACCGCCAAACAUAAUUAUUCAAACACACACACACAGAAGCACAAAGAUUCCUCCGCAUGAACGUGCUAUACAGCCUUGUUUUGGUCAGGCAGAGUUCCCAGAGGCCCAUGUUUUGCCAAGAGACACCACUUUCUCACAACGGCUCAAACUCUGCUUCAGUCUGACUCCAUACAAACCGGCCCAUGAUAAGAGUUGGCAAAGGAACAGGGGGCCAUGGUCUGUGGAUCAGCAUGUGUCUUUAUGUGCCAACGAAUCUCCUUGUUUCAGUCAAACCCAGUUUCACACACUAUCUUCAAUGCUAUCUAGCUUACAGAGACAGGGAGAGAAGAUGUUGUUACAAACAUGGCUGUUGACAGACAUGGCUUGGCUCUCUGUCUAGCUGCCAAAGCAGUAGGCCCCCUGGCAGCCUAGUGGUAUGCUAGCAUUGUGUUGACAGGUUGUUGAGUUGGGUGUAGAUAUCUUCAUAAUUCAUGCUGUCAUAGCCAAGAGAUGAUAAUUGUGUCUCGGGUUACUUGUCAGUGCUCAUCUGUGAGGUGUUGAUCUCGAGUGGUAGUGUAAUUUACACAUAUAUAAAGUAAAUGAAUGGAUCAAAAUGAUGUCUUCUUCCUGUAGCUAAUGAGUCUGGGGAGACGCCGCUGGACAUCGCUAAGAGACUGAAGCACCUACAGUGUGAGGAGCUGGUGAGUGCUGUGUGUGUGUGUGUGUGUGCGUGCGUGCGUGCGUGCGUGCGUGCGUGCGUGCGUGCGUGCGUGCGUGCGUGCGUGCGUGCGUGCGUGCGUGCGUGCGUGCGUGCGUGCGUAUAUACAGUGAGGGGGAAAAAGUAUUUGAUCCCCUGCUGAUUUUGUACAUUUGCCCACUGACAAAGAAAUGAUCAGUCUAUAAUUUUAAUGGUAGGUUUAUUUGAACAGUGAGAGACAGAAUAACAACAAAAAAAUAUAGAAAAACGCAUGUCAAAAAUGUUAUAAAUUGAUUUGCAUUUUAAUGAGGGAAAUAAGUAUUUGACCCCCUCUCAAUCAGAAAGAUUUCUGGCUCCCAGGUGUCUUUUAUACAGGUAACGAGCUGAGAUUAGGAGCACACUCUUAAAGGGAGUGCUCCUAAUCUCAGCUUGUUACCUGUAUAAAAGACACCUGUCCACAGAAGCAAUCAAUCAAUCAGAUUCCAAACUCUCCACCAUGGCCAAGACCAAAGAGCUCUCCAAGGAUGUCAGGGACAAGAUUGUAGACCUACACAAGGCUGGAAUGGGCUACAAGACCAUCGCCAAGCAGCUUGGUGAGCAGGUGACAACAGUUGGUGCGAUUAUUCGCAAAUGAAAGAAACACAAAAGAACUGUCAAUCUCCCUCGGCCUGGGGCUCCAUGCAAGAUCUCACCUCGUGGAGUUGCAAUGAUCAUGAGAACGAUGAGGAAUCAGCCCAGAACUACACGGGAGGAUCUUGUCAAUGAUCUCAAGGCAGCUGGGACCAUAGUCACCAAGAAAACAAUUGGUAACACACUACGCCCGCAAGGUCCCCCUGCUCAAGAAAGCACAUAUACAGGGCCGUCUGAAGUUUGCCAAUGAACAUCUGAAUGAUUCAGAGGAGAACUGGGUGAAAGUGUUGUGGUCAGAUGAGACCAAAAUCGAGCUCUUUGGCAUCAACUCAACUCGCCGUGUUUGGAGAAGGAGGAAUGCUGCCUAUGACCCCAAGAACACCAUCCCCACCGUCAAACAUUGAGGUGGAAACAUUAUGCUUUGGGGGUGUUUUUCUGCUAAGGGGACAGGACAACUUCACCGCAUCAAAGGGACGAUGGACAGGGCCAUGUACCGUCAAAUCUUGGGUGAGAACCUCCUUCCCUCAGACAGGGCAUUGAAAAUGGGUCGUGGAUGGGUAUUCCAGCAUGACAAUGACCCAAAACACACGGCCAAGGCAACAAAGGAGUGGCUCAAGAAGAAGCACAUUAAGGUCCUGGAGUGGCCUAGCCAGUCUCCAGACCUUAAUCCCAUAGAAAAUCUGUGGAGGGAGCUGAAGGUUCGAGUUGCCAAACGUCAGCCUCGAAACCUUCAUGACUUGGAGAAGAUCUGCAAAGAGGAGUGGGAUAAAAUCCCUCCUGAGAUGUGUGCAAACCUGGUGGCCAACUACAAGAAACGUCUGACCUCUGUGAUUGCCAACAAGGGUUUUGCCACCAAGUACUAAGUCAUGUUUUGCAGAGGGGUCAAAUGCUUAUUUCCCUAAUUUAAAAUGCAAAUCAAUUUAUAUCAUUUUUGACAUGUGUUUUUCUGGAUUUUUUUUGUUGUUAUUCUGUCUCUCACUGUUCAAAUAAACCUACCAUUAAAAUUAUAGACUGAUCAUGUCUUUGUCAGUGGGCAAACGUACAAAAUCAGCAGGGGAUCAAAUACUUUUUUCCCUCACUGUAAGUGUAUGUGCGUGCGCACGUCUUUAGCAAGAUAGAGAGUGACUCCUUAUCUUCAAGCUUUGUUUGAGCUAUUAAUCACUGUCAGUGUGUGUGUGUGUGUGUGUGCGUGUGUAGCUGAACACAGCGCUGGCGGGGAAGUUCAACGUCCACGUACACGUAGAGUACGAGUGGCGUCUGCACCAUGAAGACAUGGACGAGAGUGAUGAGGACCUUGAUGAGAAGGUGAGGGUGAGGACUCACUUCAGAUUAUACACACACACACACACACACACACCAUGAACUCACACAUACACACAGACACACACAUAAAAGUAUAUAUAUAUAUUUACAUUUACAUUUACUUCAUUUAGCAGAUGCUCUUAUCCAGAGCGACUUACAAAUUGAUAUAUAUAUAUAUACAUACAUACAUACAUACAUACAUACAUACAUACAUACAUACAUACAUACAUACAUACAUACAUACAUACAUACAUACAUACAUACAUACAUACAUACAUACAUACAUACAUACAUGCCUUGCAGAAGUAUUCAUCCCCCUUGGCGUUUUUCCUAUUUUGUUGCAUUACAACCUGUAAUUUAAAUUGAUUUUUUUUGGGAUUUCAUGUAAUGGACAUGCACAAAAUAGUCCAAAUUGGUGAAGUGAAAUGAAAAAAAUUACUUGUUUCAAAAAAUAAAUAACAGAAAAGUGGUGCGUGCAUAUGUAUUCACCCCCUUUGCUAUGAAGCCCCUAAAUAAGAUCUGGUGCAACCAAUUACCUUCAGAAGUCACAUAAUUAGUUAAUUAAAGUCCACCUGUGUGCAAUCUAAGUGUCACAUGAUCUCAGCAUAUAUACACCUGUUCUGAAAGGCCCCAGAGUCUGCAACACCACUAAGCAAGGGCACCACCAAGCAAGACCAAGGGACAAUGUUGUGGAGAAGUACAGAUCAGGGUUGGGUUAUAAAGAAAUAUCCGAAACUUUGAACAUCCCACGGAGCACCAUUAAAUCCAUUAUUAAAAAAUGGAAAGAAUAUGGCACCACAACAAAUCUGCCAAGAGAGGGCCGCCCACCAAAACUCACGGACCAGGCAAGGAGGGCAUUAAUCAGAGAGGCAACAAAGAGACCAAAGAUAACCCUGAAGGAGCUGCAAAGCUCCACAGCGGAGAUUGGAGUAUCUGUCCAUAGGACCACUUUAAGCUGUACACUCCACAGAGCUGGGCUUUACGGAAGAGUGCCCAGAAAAAAGCCAUUGCUUAAUGAAAAAAAUAAGCAAACACAUUUGGUGUUCGCCAAAAGGCAUGUGGGAGACUCCCCACACAUAUGGAAGAAGGUACUCUGGUCAGAUGAGACUAAAAUUGACCUUUUUGGCCAUCAAGGAAAACGCUAUGUCUGGCGCAAACCCAACACCUCUCAUCACCCCGAGAACACCAUCCGCACAGUGAAGCAUGGUGGUGCAGCAUUAUGCUGUGGGGAUGUUUUUAAUCGGCAGGGACUGGGAAACUGGUCAGAAUUGAAGGAAUGAUGGAUGGCCCUAAAUACAGGGAAAUUCUAGAGGGGAAACCUGUUUCAGUCUUCCAGAGAUUUGAGACUGGGACGGAGGUUCACCUUCCAGCAGGACAAUGACCCUAAGCAUACUGCUAAAGCAACACUCGAGUGGUUUAAGGGGAAACAUUUAAAUAUCUUGGAAUGCCCUAGUCAAAGCCCAGACCUCAAUCCAAUUGAGAAUCUGUGGUAUGACUUAAAGAUUGCUGUACACCAGUGGAACCCAUCCAACUUGAAGGAGCUAGAGCAGUUUUGCCUUGAACAAUGGGCAAAAAUCCCAGUGGCUAGAUGUGCCAAGCUUAUAGAGACAUACCCCAAGAAACGUACAGCUGUAAUUGCUGCAAAAGGUGGCUCUACAAAGUAUUGACUUUGGGGGGGGUGAAUAGUUAUGCACCCUCAAGUUUUCUGUUUUGUUUGUCUUAUUUCUUGUUUGUUUCACAAUAAAAAAAUAUUUUGCAUCUUCAAAGUGCUAGGCAUGUUGUGUAAAUCAAAUGAUACAAACCCCCAAAAAAUCAAUUUUAAUUCCAGGUUGUAAGGCAACAAAAUAGGAAAAAUGCCAAGGGGGGGUGAAUACUUUCGCAAGCCACUGUACAUAACACAAACACACCCUGAUGACCUUUCUAUAACCUUUUGACCCCUGUCCUCCCUCAGCCCAGCCCCCACCGGCGAGAGGAGCGCCCGGUCAGCUGCUACACCCCUGGCUCCAACACCCACCGCCAGCCCAGCCCUGCUUCCCUGGCACGGGACGCUGCCAGCCUGGCCAAGGACAAGCAGCGUGGUGGGUACAUGCCUAACCUGGUCAACAACGAGACCUACGGCACCAUCCUCAACGCCAGCCCCCCCGCGCCCGGGGGGCCCACCCCCACCUCCGCACCCCCUCUGCCCCCACGAAACAUAGGUACUUUAAAAAAUAUAUUUUUUCUGUGAUAGCAAGUUGGGUGCUGCGUUCAUUUGGCGAAACGAACCAAAUUCUAUGAACAAGUUUAGUUUGUUCAGGGAAUCAGUGUGAAUGCUAUUUGAGCACUGAUUUAGUUUCAGAAUGUUAAAAAAAUUAUCCUGAUUUGAAGUUGCUAAACGUGAUCCAUAUCAAAUUACCCCGGCGUCAAGCCCUUUUCAAAUCAGAUUCACCUCUCGUCCUCCUCGUCAUUUUUGGAGAAUGGUAUUUAUAAUACAUGCCCAAUGGGUUCAGUUCAAAUAGAGGGAAAUCUCAAUUUGGCCACAUAUCUGUCAUAUACUGUAGAUGGCCUUCUCUAAUUAGUGCAAGGCCCCAUGGUGACUUGUGUGACUCGUGUGGCGCUCUGACCUAUUUGAAGGGCAGAGAGGACUCUGGGUAGGGAGCAUGGACAGGCACAUUGGCGGCGGCAGAGUGAGCUAGUGAGCUAAUUUUUCCGAAAAGUUCUCAGUCUGUGCUCCAUAGUCCAUGAUGAGAGGCAGACUGAAAAUAACCCAAGAUAUCACUGGAAAGCAAUUUGGUUAAUGCGCAUUGAAAAUAGUCCAAAACGUUCAAUUCCUGAAUUGAAUUUGUCUGUGCAUCCGAAUGCUCACAUUCCACCAUGCUGAACAAUUUGAUUAAACUCACUCACUUCGAAGCACAUGUUGUCUUUACUUACUUGGGCCCAUUGCCCCACGAAGAGCAUUGGCCAUCAGCAACUCCUCUCCAGUGAACUUGACUUUGGCCAGUCUUGUCUAUUUAAUUCCAGGAGUAGCCAAUCUUUCUGUGUUCUGCAUUGGUGUCAAGUCUCUCUCAAUCAAUCAAUCAAUCAAUCAAUCAAUCAAUCAAAUGUAUUUUAUAAAGCCCUGUUUAACAUCAGCAGUGCUUUACAGAUACCCAGCCUAAAACCCCAAAGAGCAAGCAAUGCAUGUCUCCAGGUGCCAAAGCAUAUCUUCUUUCCCCCUCCUCCCUCCCCAGUCCAGUUGUCAGGUCUGGGCGGGAUGGUCCAGUCAUCAGGGUCCUCUGGGUGGAAGCCUGGCUCUAUAGACCUGGGGGUCCGACAGAGGUCCUCCUCAGACCCCCCCAAUAUCCACCCCCCCGUACCCCCCAUGAGGGUCACCUCAACCACUGGUAGGCACCUCACCUCAAGGACUCAUUGUCUUAACACAUAAUAAUCAUAAUAAUAACCAUAAUCAUUAUCAUAAUCAUAAUAAUCAUGGUUAAUGAUUGUACAUAGCAUUAUUGUCGAUAGCUCAUGUUACAGUAUAUAUAAGGCACAUGCAGUAUGUUUACAACAUGAUGUACAAAGAUGACACCAAGGAGAAAAACACACCCAGUUUAGAUGAGAAAGAGAUGGGUAACUUAGGAUGAGGACUCAUCUUUGUAUCUGUGCCUUGAUGAUGUCUGUGACAGCAUGGGCAGCGCUAUUGAGGCUAUCUCCAUUUUGUCCAUCUAGAGCCCUCUUUCAACCUCUAUCUCUCUCUGUCACCCCAGGUCUUGCUCCUCCCCCCGUGGCCAAGACAGUGAGUAUGAUGGAGGCGAUGAACCAGCAGUCUAAACCAGGGACCGGACAGGGCCACAACAGAGCCCCAACACCCAAGUCUCCUUCUGGGUGAGCGCACACACACACACACACAAAAAUGUUGGACACACAUUGCCUGAGGCAGCAUGUUUUACUUUGAUGAACACAAAGCAAGUUUAUCUUUGGAAAAUAGCCUAUAGGGUUUCUGGUUUACCACUUCAUUAACUUCCAAGCUGAGCUGUCCUAAAAGACAAACAACUUAACACUAUUCAUCCACAUGGCUCUACUCAAGCUCCCAUAGGUCUGAGUUGUGUGACUGUUAAAGGGAAAUGCACUGUGGGGUAAAUGUGUGUGGGUUCAUUUUAAGCACAUCCUAAACAGCAGCUGACUACAAGGUUAUGUUUGUGGUUUUUAGCAACGACAAAAGCUUCAGCAAAGGACCGACUCGAACUGGGUCCAUCGAAAGACCAGGUGGGUGUAAAAAACAACAACUUGAUUUACUCUGUGUCUGUACAUAAUCUGUAAAAGCAUCACAAGUAACAUAGUCAGAUUACAAUUUUACAAACAGGCCGGUAUGUUAUCUGUGGGUCGGCUGCAGACAAUCUGGGUUGUGUGAUUUUGUGUCUGUGUGGAACAGUUUGUGUUUUCACAACAAUGUCAUCAAAUCCUCUUCCUCCUCCAGCUAAAGAAGUGCCGGGAUGCCCCCAGAACUCAAUAGGUCAACCGCUGCCUCCCGCCCCCAUGCCUAGGAAGACCUAUCCGGUGAGUUCCUCCGACCUACCGUUGACCUUAUAUGGUUGUUUGCCCUGUUAUUGAUUGUGAUGGAACAGUUAUGGACAAUACAGAGGCACUUAUUGGACUUCUCUAUCUGAUCUCGUCGUUGUGUUUCAGUUGGUCUUAUUGUCCCACACAGUCCAAUGCACUCUGAGUAUCAAUGGCUCUAACAGUGUUUUCUCUAUGAGGUGUCCUUCCUGUACCCCAUGGAACAUACAAUGCUAAGAGGGAGGGAAACCUUUAAGUGUGUACUUGUUCUUGACAGAUGGGGAAACCUCUCAUAUCUCUGUCCCUAGCUCAGUGCUAGCAUUCUGUGUCACACGGGCUCACCAUGUAAACCACUGACAGAUCAGGGAUAGCCUGUGGCGAAAACACGUGAUGCACAACUCCCCCUGCCUGACAGUUACUAUGUCCUGUGUCAUUUGUCUGCUAUGCAACCCUCCAGCAGUCAAUGUGGAAGUGGGCGUCAAGCAUUCCAAAGGAGUGACAGAUAGUUAGAUACUUCAGUUAAACGACAGCAUCUGUCUGCAGAACAGUCAGUACACCUGCCUGUCUGCAUUGAAAUAGAAUGAUUAGAAUGGGGAAAAGCCCCUGAGACCAUGGCAAUUUGACAGUGCACUUGUCAUGGGCACACUCAAUAUGGCCCCGGACCACCCGUCACGGAAGGUUGACUUGAAUGGGAAUGUUGGUUCUAGUAAUUAUAUUUUAAAUUGUAUAUAACUGCCUUAAUGUUGCAGGACCCCAGGAAGAGUAGCUGCUGCCUUGGCAGCAGCUAAUGGGGAUCCUUAAUAAAUACAAAUACAAAUACUGCUAUGCCCGUCUGUCUGUGUCUCUUCAGAAGCAGAGGCCCAAGCGGGUGAAGGCCAUCUACAACUGUAUGGCGGACAAUGCAGACGAGCUAACCUUCUCUGAGGGGGAGGUGAUUGUGGUGGACGGGGCGGAGGACCAGGAGUGGUGGGUGAGUAUCAUCUCUAGAUCAGGCUACUAUUUUGUGUAUUGGAUGUGUGAAAAUUGAAAGUGGAGAGCGUGAGAGUGGGUGUGUGUUUGUCUUCAUUCACACGCAGUGAGAGCAGUCCGGCCCUUUUCUAGUCCAGAUUUGGCCCAUUCCGAGAGAGUCCACUGAGCAUGUGCCAGAAAUCUUGGUGGCCCCAGCAGCACAAAGCCAUGACCUCAUUCUGGCCAUCCUUCUUCCUCUCCCUCUCUCCCUCCCUUCCUCUCCCUCUCCCCUGCCCCCGCCUGCCUUCCUUCCUUCCUCUGCAGAGCCCGUUGUCUGAAUACAGACCAGCUGCAACUUGUUUUUCCAAAAGCCACCUCUGCAAACAUGACCGUAUUUAGUCACUUAUUCUCCAUGGGACUCUGUGUUACAGAUGCCUUUCCAAAUCCCCAAAUCUCAGCCUUCCUCUCUCUUUUUCUGACUUCAAUGGCAUUUUGUUUAUGUCCGCGUCUGAAUUGACAACAACUGAAGCAGAAUUUAAAAGGUGUUAGAAGUCAAAUGUGUUUGUCUUCUGCUGAUGCCUCUUAAGGGGAAUGUAAUCCAAAAGUAACUGAAAAUAAUCAGAUUACAUUACUGAGUUUGGGUAAUCCAAAAGUUACGUUACUGAUUACAAUUUUGGACAGGUUACUAGUAACUGUAACGGAUUACAUUUAGAAAGUAACCUACCCAACCCUGCCAUAGCUAUAUGCAAAAAGUGUGUGUUUUGUCCCAAUUAUCAGUGUGUUACGUUGUGCAUCUCUCCUGUUCUCUCCCAGCUGGGCCACAUCGAAGGAGAACCAAUGAGGAGGGGGGCUUUCCCCGUCACAUUCGUACACUUCAUCAUGGAC